AUAUUUGCUGGCACUGGUUUUUGUUGUUCGCUAAAAUCAGAUAUUAAAUUUUAGACACAUGCUCUGAGCACUGUUUGCUGUGUAAAGAAGAAAAUUCAACUGUCAAUAUUUGAUCCUAAUUAUAGGUGUAUGUAUAUUAUAGGUGUUUAAUAUCAAAGGUAGGUGCAAUCACAUAUGAUUCCUAUAUAUGAGUUAUAAAAUGAAAAGAUUAAAUAGGGCUAGGCAGUAUACCGGUUCAUACCGAAUAUCGUUUUUUUUUUUUUUUUUUUUUUUUGUGAUAUGCGUCUUUAUUAUAUCGGCAUACCAGUGUAUUUGAUUACAUGGUGUGUGGAACUUUACGCCGCGAGACACUGUUUCAGACCGGAACACACACGAAUGGUGCAACUGCGAACGAGAACAACUUCUGCCAAAAAAGAUGACGUCCAAAACAGCGAUGGCGAUCUCCACCCGGCUGCAGUAUAUCCCAUAAAUGAGCAGUCUACAAAUUAGAGGGAAACAAAGUGGAGAGGGUGAUAAGUUCUACCUCGGGUCGACGCAGGACAAAGGAGACAGAAUGGCUGAAGCUGACGGCAAAUCCACUGUGCUGAACGGUGGCUCUGAAGAAAAGGAGCCUGGAGAAGAUCAACACAAUGAAGGGGACGCCUCUGGAAGCAAAGAUGGACAGUCUUCCUCUCAAGAUGCUCCCAAGGAAAAAGCAGAAGCAUCUGGAGAUAAACCUAUGCCAGACGUGGAGGGGGAGACGGGGUCAAACAGAGAGGGGGAGGAGGACGAAGACACAGACAGCAUGGAUGGCAGCGGCCUCUACUCCUUGACUGAGGAUGGCGAAAGGGAGAGUGAGGGAGGGAGACGAGAGGGGGCAAAGGAGAAGGAUGGUGCGAAAAGGGCCGCUAGAAAGAGGAACAGACGUGACACCAACCACUCCUCCAGCUCCGACGAGGAUGAUGACGAGGACGAAGAAGAAGAGCAAAAAGAUGACGAAGAUGACGAUGAGGCCAUGGAGGCGUGGUUGGGAGCAGAGCUCCGCGACAUGCGUGGCCCCGAGUGGCGUGCGGUGCCCUCGUUGCGCUCCAGGGAGAUCGGCAGGAACUCGCACCAGUUCGUGAGGCGCGUGUGCGGAGCCCGUGGUCUCGUGCAGCGGCUGGAGCUCCAGGGCAAAUUAGAGAGGCACACGGGCUGCGUCAACACGUUGCACUUCAACCCCUCAGGCACACGUCUGGCAUCAGGCAGCGACGACCUCAAAGUGGUGAUCUGGGACUGGGCCAUCCGCCGUGCUGAGCUGGAGUUUGACAGCGGACACAAGAGCAAUGUCUUUCAGGCGAAGUUCCUGCCUCACAGUGGAGACUCCACCUUGGCCAUGUGCGCUCGUGACGGUCAGAUCAGAGUGGCCGAGCUCUCCGCCACGCAGCGCUGCAAGAACACAAAGCGGGUAGCGCAGCACAAAGGGGCAGCACACAAACUGGCCCUAGAUCCAGAUUCGCCCUGCUCCUUUCUGUCUGCAGGAGAGGACGCUGUGGUGUUUGACAUUGACCUGCGUCUAGACCGUCCUGCCAAUAAACUGGUGGUUGUAAAGGAGUGUGACAAAAAAGUUGGACUGUACACCAUCUUUGUCAACCCAGCAAAUACACACCAGUUUGCUGUCGGUGGGAGAGAUCAGUAUGUAAGGAUCUAUGACCAGAGAAAGAUCAACGACAGUGAUGACAACGGUGUGUUGAAAAAGUUUUGUCCUUCACAUCUGGUGUCCAGUGAGUCGAAGACCAACAUAACCUGCCUUGUGUACAGUCACGACGGCACAGAGCUCCUGGCUAGUUACAACGAUGAAGACAUCUACCUGUUUGACUCCAACCACAGUGACGGGGCGGACUAUCGCAGGAGAUAUAAGGGACACCGCAACAAUGCUACAGUGAAGGGGGUGAACUUCUACGGGCCGUGCAGCGAGUUUGUGGUCAGCGGGAGCGACUGUGGACACAUCUACCUGUGGGACAAGCACUCUGCUCGCAUUGUCCAGUUCAUGGAGGGAGACAGAGGAGGAGUGGUGAACUGUCUGGAGCCACAUCCUCAUCUGCCAGGUAUGGCCACCAGUGGGCUGGACCAUGACAUCAAACUGUGGGCCCCUACAGCCGAGGCCCCCACAGGACUCAAGGGUCUGAAGGAGGUGAUGAAGAAAAACAAGCGGGAGCGCGACGAGGACAGCGUGCGCCACGGCGACCAGUACGACACCCAGCUGCUGUGGUUCCUGAUGAGACACAUGAGGAACAGACGACCCCCAAGGGCUCGUCGCGAGGGCGCGGACGCAGACACGGAUGACUCCUGGAGCUCUCCAGAUUCCUCCGACGAAGAGGAAGGAGGCCCGGACCACGUCCAGUGCAUGUCGUCUUGAGCCGCACACGCGUAUUUGCACUCACACAUACACAAAAUACACACACUUUAUUGCCCUUGAAUUGAUGCACCUAGGCAAGCACUAUUGGCACACUGAAGAGCCACAGACUUGGGUUUGUUUUUUUUUUCUUAGUUUUUUUGUUUGUUUUUUUUGUUUUUUUUUUCACACACAUACAAAUACAGAUAAACACACAUGUACUUAAACACACUGUUGAAGCAGAGUUUUGACACAGGCGCUUCUUAACGUCUGGCGUCCCAGCAGUCACGAGUGCGCGAACCGCAGACUGCUUACACGCAUCCAUCAUCCUGGAUGUGUUUGAGAAUCGUACGACGAGAUCUAGCGAGCGCUUACAUCCCUAUAAACCACUUGGAGGCCCCUGCCUGUUUGUCCAUACAUUAUCUACAUGGUCUGCGUUGCCCCAGAACUGCGUGUGUGCGCGUGUGUGUGGCAACAAGCACCUCCAACUUUAGUAAACCUGUAGUAAUCUACACAUCACCAGCACACAAACCCCUCAAUCUCUUAGUAACACACCUCUUACUCUGGAGCUUCUGAUGAAGAGGGAAUGCAGCAGGGAGGCGUAGGCUCCUCCCCCUCGAACAUCCCCUAAAUGAGAACUCUGAGAGGGGAAAGCCCGUCGCCUAUCACUGUAUCACCCACAGUCUCGUACAGAUUCUUUUUGUUUUUUUUUUUUUGUUGGGCUCUGAGCUUGAGCAGCUUGUUUCAUUUAUCGCACGUUUGCUCCUAAAUCUCCACAUGCUGCAUCGCCCGAGAUGCUCCCCCCCCACCCCCCAGCCACUCCCUCCCCUUCUCUUUCCACCGCCUUCCCCCGUCACUACUGAGUGCACUUUGAAUCAGGGAUGCUUCAGUUUGAGACACAGACAAAAAAUGUGCACUGAGUGUGUUGUUGUUUUGGGAGGGGGGGUUGUGGGGGGCGUACGUUGUUUCACAGGAGAAUCCACAAUGAAAUUACGUUGUGUUUUGUUUUUAUUUUAAUUUUUAAUUUUUUUUUUUUGAGGCGGGAGGAGGGGAGACGAUUUGCACUUAUGCAUUUUUUUGGACCGAGGAGAGGUGGUUCCCUUUGCUUCCGCCGUCCUUUCCUCGUCUCUUUCUUCCUCACCCUCCCUCACUCCACAUCGAGACUCAUCUUUGACAGGAAACAUUCAGUUCGCCUCUCGGCGAACAUGAAAAUAAAAAGGUGUAGAUGUUCACUCGGCAUGUGUAUAGGAAAGAAGGACUGAUAUUGGGGAGGGGGGAGGGGGCACUGUAAUUUAUAAAGAGCCAGAACCGACCUGGAUCAAUUGACACGCUACGAAUGAGUCACUUUAGAUUCGAUUGAGGAAGGACUACGUUUGUUUAUGUGGCUCCUUGAAGUAACAGCGCUGUAUUUAUGGAUAUUCACAUUCUGUUGACUAUGAAGAUGAAGAUUUGUUUGGUCAGAAUAUUCACAAAGCAGCACUUGAAAAGUUGUUAAUUUUACGUGUUCAAUCUUAAGUGUUUAAUCCAUUCAAAAAAUGUCUGGAGCAGUUGCCCAGCAACCACAUUAAAACUCCAGGAAGUUAACUGGACCUGGACGUUUGGGUUAAACAGACGUCGUUCAACGUGUUGCAUUUGAAUAGACCCAACUGUGCUCGACGCAACGAAGCAAACAAAUCCAGCCGUGCAACGUCUCCUUUACGUCUCAAAAACUACACGGAUUCCACUGUUCAGAAACUUGAUCCAGGUCGGGUCUCUGCAGCCGGCGCUGCUGCACGAUCGUUGGAUUCAAAGAUGAGGACUUUGGGGAGCGGAGGGGUCGAUAUGCUUGCCAGUCAUUUGUUGUGCUGAGAGCGAUAAAGUCCAGCUUCUCUCAUUUUCUAUGAGAACUGUAGUUAGUUGAAUUUAUAUGUACAUAUAUAAAUAUAUAUUAAAACUGUAAAAAAAAAAACAAAAAAAAAACUUUAGCAAAUGCUGUUUGACUUCCGAGAAAAAAAAAGAAAAAAAAAUGUCAAAACAUUUGAUUGGUAUUGAUGCAGAGAUUUAUAUUCUAUAUCAGGACAAAGUACUUUUAAAUCCAGAGGUUAAAAAAACAAAACAAAAAAAAAAAAAACGUCUUGACGUGACCAUUUUGUUUGGUCUUUCCUUUUAUGGCACCUCUCUGUUAUGAACAGAACCCGCUGUCAUUACGAGUAUUGACUGAUUCUUUUUCUGGUUCAAGGAGAAAAUGAAAUAAAAAAAAAAAAAUCAGUGUUUCUUUUCUGGAUCUUCAUCUAUAAUUUGAGGCCGUUCUGUCCAGAUUUUCUCAAUGGAUAUUUUUUGGCAUCUUGUAAACAUAAUGAGGCAUUUGAUGAACAAUGCUUUUUAUUUUCCCCAUCACAGCCUAAUGUUGCGUUCUACCAGUUCAGUUGGAAAUAUGUAUAAUUCGUGCAAUAAACAAAAAGACAGUG